AAAGGCUUCCGUGGGAGCAACGCCGGGGAGGGGAAAGACGGCAGUCGCGGGAACCGCUUGGCAGGAGGAGACGCCGCUCCCCGCCCCGCUGCGCUGCCAGCUAUUAGGAAAAAAUGGUGCACAGAAUCGGCCUCUUCCUUCUGCUGGGCCUGUCUCUCGCGUCCUUGGGAGCCUGUGAUGGACCCCCGACGCUUUCUGUUCCUGAGGAGGUUUCACUGGAGAAUGGUGGCGUGAUGGACAUUGCAGUGACUUUAAGUACUCCGCUCAAUCAGACGCUGGUGAUCACGUUUAAUGUUACAUAUUCAUCCAGGGAAAACGGCACCAUCGUCGAGCUGCCUGAUCAAGUAAUCGUAACGGCGGGCGUAAAGAAGGUGAACUUCCUAGUGAGAGCAAAAGAAGUCGGGCAGCUGACGGUGUAUCUUCAGUCCAACUCGUCCAACCAAACAGGGCCCAGAAUCCGCUUCCUCGUGAUCCACAGCAAUGCAGUGAGGAUUGUGGACCAGGUGAUUGGCUGGAUCUACUUUCUGGCUUGGUCAAUCUCCUUUUACCCCCAGGUGUUCGAGAACUGGAGACGGAAAAGCGUCGUGGGACUCAGUUUUGACUUCAUUGCCCUGAACCUUACCGGCUUCAUUGCCUACUCGGUCUUCAACGUUGGCCUCUUCUGGGUCAAAUCUGUGAAGGAGCAGUUCCUGCGCUCCUAUCCCAAUGGCGUGAACCCGGUGGACAGCAACGAUGUCUUCUUCAGCAUCCACGCUGUCGCUGUGACUCUCCUCAUCAUCUUCCAGUGCCUGAUCUACGAGAGAGGGACCCAGAAGGUCUCCUGGGUGGCCGUUGGCUUGCUCAUCUUCGCCUGGCUCUUCGUCUUCGCCACCUUGUCCGUGGCCGCUGCCGGGAAGAUCACGUGGCUGGCCUUCCUUUUCUACUUCUCCUACAUCAAGCUGGGCGUCACCCUUGUCAAAUACUUCCCCCAGGCUUACCUGAAUUUCCGCCGCAAGAGCACCGAGGGCUGGAGCAUCGGAAAUGUUUUGCUGGACUUCACGGGAGGCACCUUCAGCCUCCUUCAGAUGUUCUUGCAGUCUUACAACAAUGAUGAAUGGCGGCUGCUUUUUGGGGACCCCACCAAGUUUGGGCUGGGCCUCUUCUCCAUCAUCUUUGACAUUGUGUUCAUCGUCCAGCAUUACUGCUUGUACCGUCCCCAAGAAUACGAGACUUUUGAUUAACCGUCUGCCCUGCUGGGACGCUCCCUCUGUGCUUGCCUUCGCCAGCUGCGCUUCCUUGAGGUGGACAACGCUACGGGAAUCAGACUUGGUUGUCUGAAAAGCACAGCGACUCCGACCUAUUCCUCACGUGGACUUGGUUACUACAAACCUCAUUUUGCUGCUCCAAAUCGCCUUCUGGUGCCUUAAUGCCUUCUGAGACUGCAGCACAACUGCUGCAGAGGGAAAUCUCUUGGGGGCUUUUCAGGCAAGUGGUGCUCACAGCUGCUUCAGAGGGAAGAUGGGGGUUACUUCUUCCUCUCCAGCUGUUUACGGCUGAGUAUGGGCCAUUAUCUUGCCAUCUAAAAGUUUGCAGCUGCCUGCAAGGAAGGAGAAAAGGGUCGCUCCUCUGAAGGAAUCCAUGCCACGAUCCAAACUACUUAUAUACUUGAAGGUUAUUUGUGCCACAGACGCAAGUCUUCCUUUGAGCUGGGGGAAGAGGAAGGAAAAGGGGUUUGUGGAGGUUGUUGGAAUCAACCUCUUCCUUCCCUUAUUAGCUUUGCUGUUGAGAUGAAGAACUGGUGAUCUGGCCUUUUUAAAAUAAAAUAAAAACAACUUUGUACAA